AGUCGUCAGGCCGGCGACGAUCGGCCAAGGUCUGCGGGGGAAGUCGAGUCUUCCCAGCUCCCGGAAGUGGCCGUUGUAAACUUCACCUCCCUGGGGGUUGUCCCCCUCCAGUCCCCGUUUGCUAUUUGUGUCUCCUCCCUGGGUCCUAGAGUCCGUCAAGUUUCAACAGUUUUUGUUCCCUCCCCUCCCCCGCGCCUACCGCGCUCGACCUGGGCCUUUUACUACCCUGAUUUGAAGCUACCCCUGGGGUCUUGGGUGUGCGGUGUGGACUACCGGAGCCCCUUGAGGUAACCACGGGAUGCGGGGCUUCGAGGCAUCCUAAACUUGGGCAGUGUUGAUAGGAAAAGUGUGGGGCGCUGCAGCCAGGACUGUGAGGAUCCUGAUUUAGUUUGGGGAUGUGCCUCUCGUCUGCGGGGAUACGCCUCCAAGAUCUUGGGCUGGGCCUUUCCGCCUGCUUGGAGGAAGAGUGUCCUGGAGCAUCCUAGCCAGAGACCGCUGGACAGUGCCCUGAAGAUUGAUUGAGUAGGAGCAGGGGGCAGGACCCGGACCGCUGAACCUGGACCUGCUUUUUAGUUUACAACUCAGACUGCGGGACUUUCUCCUUCAUGAAAUCUGUCAGCACUGAAAGGACAAGGACCACUUCCUUUUUCGAUUUUAGGAAAAAAAAAUUCCGGCUACCCACUACACAUUCAUUUUUUGAUAAAAGAAUGAGUUGUGCUAGUCUGUAGCUUCUAUUGCUUUUACCCUCCAGGACUCUUAGGAGACUUAGGAAAGCUGACUGAGUUUUUCUGAGGUUGUAAAUGUUGUGCAGAAAUGGAGCCUUCUUUUGAGUGUUUUUUAUUCUAUCGUGAUGUUUAUUGCAGGCCACUACAUAUUUAUUCGUUCUGAGAAGAUUCAAAUGACAUUGCGCAGUUUUACUCAAGAAACAAUUUCAGUUGAGAUUCCUUCAUAUUAUUGUGAAGAAACUUACCUAUAUUGGUUGGCUCUGUAUAAUUUGGAGUAUCUCCCACAGAAGAGGAUUCCAGAGAGAAAGCCAUAAUUUCAGCCCAUCUAAUCUAUAAGUCACAAACAUCUUGAAAAGUUUAAUCAUCAAUAACGAAGUAUAUUGUUAGGAAGCAGUGGGAUAUCUUGAAAGUGCUGUGGAAGACUUAUCAUGAGUUCAAACCCUUCAAGUAACUCCACUGGUGAUACCCAAAGGUUGAAAAAUGCUUCAGCUGAUGUAAGACAAAUGCUUAAAAAUGAAACAGAGUUGGAUAUUGCAGCUGAUCUCAGAAAGAAACUCCAUCGGGCUAAGAAAGAAAAAUUAGAGAUAACAACUAAGCACAAUGCAGAGCUGACAAGCUAUGAAAGCCAGAUUGCGAAGCUACGAUGUGAAGUUGAAAAAGGAGAGGCAUUGCGUCAAAGUCUGGAGUAUGACCUGGCUGUUGCUAGAAAAGAAGCUGGUCUUGGAAAACGGGCUGCUGAAGAAAGAUUAGCUGAGGCCCAUAAAAUCCAAGAAAAACUCUGUGCCCAGAAUACAGAACUUCAAGGAAAGGCAAAUGAGAUUGAGAAAGCAUUCCAGACUUCUCAGCAAAAGUGGAAAGAAGAAUGCAGAAGAUUUGAAUGUGACUUGGAGGAAAGAGACAAUAUAAUUCAAAAUUGCAAGCGAGACUAUGAUUUACUUAUGAGAGAAAAAAGCAGGCUAGAGAAAACUCUACAGGAGAUGGUGGAAAAUCAUCAACAGGAGAAGAAUGAGAUGGAAUCCCAUAUCAGGGAGACAGCAUUGGAGGAGUUUAGAUUACAAGCAGAACAAUGGGAAGCAGAAAGAAGAGAGUUACAAUUUAUAGUACAGGAACAAGAUAGUGCUGUACAAAGUAUGCACAAGAAAGUAGAAAAAUUAGAAGGAGAACACAUGGACUGCUCUGACCUUUUACGGCGACAAACAAGUGAACUUGAAUUAAGUACGCAACGAGAGGAACGUCUUAGAAAAGAAUUUGAGGCAACUACUCUAAGAGUGAGGAAAUUAGAAGAAAAUAUUGAAGCAGAAAGAACAGCCCAUUUGGAAUCAAAAUUUAAUUCUGAAAUUAUUCAGUUACGGAUUCGAGACCUAGAAGGAGCAUUGCAGGUGGAAAAGGCCAGCCAAGCAGAAGCUGUUUCUGAUUUGGAAAUGAUAAAGAAUGAAUUCAAAGAAGUUGAAAGUGCGUAUGAACGAGAAAAGCAUAAUGCACAAGAGAGCUUUGCAAAACUAAAUUUAUUAGAAAGAGAGUAUUUCUCCAAAAACAAGAAACUAAAUGAAGAGAUUGAGGAACAGAAGAAAGUAAUUAUAGACCUAUCAAAGAGACUCCAGUAUAAUGAAAAAAGUUGCAGUGAAUUACAAGAAGAACUUGUAAUGGCUAAGAAGCACCAGGCCUUUCUAGUAGAGACAUGUGAAAAUAACGUAAAAGAAUUGGAAUCGAUCUUGGACAGCUUUACUGUGUCGGGCCAGUGGACAUCAGGCAUCCACAAGGACAAAGAUAAACCUCCCAGCUUCUCUGUUGUCCUUGAGACUUUGAGGCGUACCUUGACAGAUUACCAGAACAAGCUGGAAGAUGCAUCUAAUGAGCUAAACAACAUGAAUGAUGCUAAGGAAAAGGCGUCUAAUGAACUUAAUUCUACCAAGCAGAAGAUAGAAUUGCAAACUAAAAAUAUAAAGGACCUUCAGGAUAAACUGACUGAUGUCAAUAAAGAGUUAAGUCAUUUACGCACUAAAAUUGCAGACAGAGAGGCUCUAAUAAGCACUUUAAAAGUGGAACUACAAAAUGUGCUGCAUUGUUGGGAGAAAGAAAAGGCACGAGCAGCCCAAUUUGAAAGUGAGCUGCAGAAGCUUUCCCAGGCUUUCCAUAAGGAUACGGAGGAAAAGCUAACCUUCCUUCAUACCUUGUAUCAGCACUUGAUAGCAGGCUGUGUGCUCAUAAAACAACCAGAAGGCAUGCUGGAUAAAUUCUCCUGGUCUGAGCUUUGUGCAGUCUUGCAGGAGAAUGUUGAUGCCCUGAUCGCAGACCUCAGCAGGGCUAACGAGAAGAUAAGUCAUCUAGAGUAUAUCUGUAAAAACAAGUCUGAUACAAUGAGAGAGCUUCAGCAGACCCAGGAAGACACCUUUAACAAAGUGGCAGAGCAGAUCAAAGCCCAAGAGAGCUGCUGGCACAAACAAAAGAAGGAACUGGAGCUGCAGUACUCUGAACUUCUCCUUGAGGUGCAGAAAAGGGCACAGAAAUUUCAAGAAAUUGCUGAAAAAAAUAUGGAAAAAUUGAACCGUAUUGAGAAAUCACAUGAACAGUUGUUUCUUGAAAAUUCACGCUUCAAAACCAUGCUAUCACAGACUCAAAGGGAACAGACAUCCUUGUUGGCAGCCUGUGCGUUGAUGGCUGGUGCCUUAUAUCCUCUCUAUAGCCGAUCAUGUGCUUUGUCUACACAGAGAGAUUUUCUCCAGGAGCAGGUCAACACCUUUGAGUUAUUCAAAUUGGAAGUUAGAACCUUAGCCCACACUUUGUCAACUGUAGAGGAAAAAAAGCAAGAGGAAGCCAAGAUGAAGAGAAAACCGUUCAAAGGAUUGAUACGUGUAUUCCGCAAAGGUGCUAUUGCAAUUUUGGCAGCAAACAGACUCAAGAUUUUGGGCCAGUCAUGUGCUUCUCUUUUUACCUGGAUGGAGAGUUUCAAAGAAGGCAUAAGUAUAUUAGUGUGUACCGGAGAGCCCAAAGACAAGCACAAAUUUCCAAAGCAUCAAAAGGAACAGUUACGUUGUUUGCAAGCGCUCAGUUGGCUUACAAGUUCUGACCUUCUUUCUGCAAUAAUCAGCUCCAUGGCUGAGUUACAGGAAGUCAUUACUAAAACAGAUCCAAAUUCCAGAAUUUGUGGACAUUUACUCAUAGGCGCUGCCAAGAGUUCUUUUGCAAAACUCAUGGAUAAAAUUAGUCUGGCAAUGGAGAGUAUGCCUUUGCAGAGCAGCAGAAGUAUUUCAUAUGUAGAAAAAGAUUCACUGGUUCAGAGGCUGGCCCGUGGACUUCAUAAAGUAAACACGUUGGCCCUAAAGUAUGGUUUGUAUGGCCAUGUGCCCAUUUUGAAAAGUACAGCAUCCUUACAGAAGCAAAUAUUUGGAUUUACACAAAGACUGCAUGCAGCAGAAGUAGAGCGUCGCUCACUGCGCAUAGAAGUCACAGAAUUUAAAAGAAAUGUGAAUGAAAUGAAAAAGGAGCUUGACAAAGCCCAGGGUCUCCAGAUGCAAUUAAAUGAAUUUAAGCAGUCUAAGUUGAUCACCCAUGAGAAGUUUGAAAGUGCAUGUGAGGAACUGAAUAAUGCAUUGCUUCGGGAACAGCAGGCGCAAAUGCUGUUGAAUGAACAGGCACAACAACUACAGGAGUUGAAUUACAGGCUUGAAUUGCAUUCUACUGAAGAAGCUGACAAAAACCAAACUCUUGGAGAAGCCGUUAAGAGUCUCUCCGAGGCAAAGAUGGAGCUGAGAAGAAAAGAUCAAUCUCUGCGUCAGCUCAAUAGACAUCUUACCCAGCUGGAGCAGGACAAGCGUCGACUGGAAGAGAACAUCCAUGAUGCAGAGAGUGCCCUCCGCAUGGCAGCCAAAGACAAAGAAUGUGUUGCUAAUCAUAUGAGAACAGUAGAAAAUAUGCUUCAUAAGGUCAGAGAUCAGAUCUCGCUGUCACGGACUGCGGCAAGUAGGAAUGACUUCACCCUGCAGCUACCCAAACUGCACCUGGAGACCUUUGCAAUGGAAGGGCUCAAGGGCGGGCCAGAGGUUGUAGCGUGCCAGGCUAUGAUUAAAAGUUUCAUGGAUGUCUACCAGCUCGCAAGCACCAGAAUCACUACAUUAGAGAAGGAAAUGACAUCGCAUCGAAGUCACAUCGCAACCUUGAAAUCAGAACUUCACACGGCUUGUUUACGUGAAAAUGAAAGUUUGCAAUCAAGGGAAGGAUUGUUUGAUAAUAUUGGUGUUGUGUGGAUGAAAUGCCAGAACUUACUCCAGACAGGGUCACGAGAUCAUUCAAAUCUCUCCAUUCCGUCAAGAGCUGCUCUACCUGCUGACACAAUUAAUGUUGGAGACUUUUUGCCAUUGAAAGCUGAACUUGAUACAACUUACACUUUCUUGAAGGAGACACUUAUAAAUCCUCUGCCCCAUGCACCAAUAUCACCUUAUUCAUCUCCAGUGACUAUGUCUGCUAAUGUCAACAGACCAACUCAGAUUGGAUUAUGACUUUGUGAAAUAAAAAUCCAAGAAGUGUUAACAGUACAAUUAAAAUUGUCUUGAAGGGGGAAUUCUUUUAUCACUCGAAUUUUCUUGUAGCACAAUGGGCAGUGGGUUUUUUAAAAUUGUGUGACAUCUUGAUGUGUGCAGGUAUCUAUUUCUCCUUGAAUAAUGAAAUAACCAACU